UACUAACCAAUGUAAGACACCUGCAUACAGUAAGGGGCUUUGUGGCUUUACUGUGCUCUGACUUAUAAUAUGGGAUGUUCUUCACAUUCAUUUGUUUACAUAAAUGGCCUCCUCGCUCUCUAAUUCAAUUACCAUUUGUUAUUAAAAUACCCAUUAUUUGUUCUUCAUUAUACAAACCAAUUACUAAAGUUUCAGAAGGAUCUUUCUCAAAUCCGCAGCAUCGUCUCACGUGUUAGAGGAGAGACCGCAUUCCCCUGACGUCAUCAAUAUGCGUCCAUUGAAGAAGAGCACGUUGAUGACUCAGAAAGGUUCUGCGCUUGAUCUACGGUAGAGAAAGAAAGGCCGGAGCGCGUUAUUAUAGCUUCUGUUUGGUUUAAUUUCCUCUUCUUUCCCUUACGUUGUAUUGAACGGGUGACACUGGAGCUUCUGUUGAAGUCUGCUUGAAGAACUUGUGCGAGGUAGCCAUGUCAGUUACAGAGAUGUUCAGCUACAUCCAGGGGUUUCUCACUGCUGAUCAGGACAUUCGCGAGGACAUAAGAAAAGUUGUCCAAAUGCUGGAGCAGACUGCCAGAGAGAUACUAACCAUCCUUCAAAGUGUCCAUCAACCAAGUGGUUUCAAAGACAUUCCCAGCAAGUGUCUGAAGGCCAGGGAGCUGUUUUGCAUGGUUCAAACCCAUAUUGGUGAGCUGAAAACAAAGUUCCCUGUGGAACAGUAUUACAGGUUUCAUGAGCACUGGAGGUUUGUUCUGCAGCGCCUUACGUUUCUUGCUGCUUUUGUGGUCUACUUGGAGAGCGAGUCCUUGGUGACGCGGGAGGAAGUAGCUAAAAUACUUGGAAUUGAAGUGGACAGAGAAAAGGGAUUCCAUCUGGACCUUGAAGAUUAUCUAGCAGGGAUUCUUAUUUUGGCCAGUGAGCUGUCAAGGUUGGCAGUCAAUAGUGUAACAGCAGGAGACUAUGGGCGCCCUCUUCGUAUCUCAAAUUUCAUCAACGAACUUGAUUCAGGUUUUCGCCUGCUAAAUCUAAAAAAUGACCCACUACGCAAACGCUAUGAUGGUCUCAAGUAUGACGUGAAGAAAAUUGAGGAGGUAGUGUAUGACCUAUCAAUCCGGGGCCUUGCUAAGGAGCAGGAAGCCGGGGGAGAUAAGUAGAGGCAGUAGGGAAACAGAAGAGGCCGUGGGGCAAAUACCCUGGCUGGUAUUCUCCAUGAGUGCAAGAGUGGAGACUUAACCUGCCCAUGGGCAGGCACAUGGAGGAAGAGAAGAUCAGAUGGAAGUUUCAAGCCCCAAUAGCCUUUGACAGCGGUGUGGAUUUUGUCUACCUUAGUGGUAAGCUGUUUAGGGCUGAAAAA